AUGCCCACAUUCGACGAGGAUGAUGACCGAUCACAGGACGGAAGUUUCGACAACGACAACGACAACGAUGAGACCAUGCAAGAUCUGGAUGAUGCGGAUGGAGAUGCCGAGGGUGACGGCGACGGCGAUCAAGAUGUGGACGGCGAUGGGGACGGGGAUGGAGAACUAGAUGGUGACGCCGACGGUGACGCUGAAGCGGAGGCCGAGGGCGAUGGUGAUGGUGAUGACGACGAAGAUGCGGAAAGCCAGUCUGAACAAUCCGACAACGAGGACACCUCUGGCGAGCAGAAUGCAACACAAGAGGAUACUCAACAACCUUCGUCCACGCAGAUUGACCCUUCCCGAGGAGCUGCAACAGCCUCAAAUAUCUCCCCUGAAUAUCUCGAGGCCUUGACCUAUGAUAUUGUCCCAACCAUCGCCGCUCCUCACAGCACAUCUAUCAACGCCGUCACCACCACUGCAGAUAUGCGAUGGGUGUUCACUGGGGGCUCCGAUGGUUAUAUCCGCAAAUUCAACUGGGUUGAUUCGGUCAACUUCAAGCUUGCUCUUACGGUAGCUCAACGGCAUCCCUUUGUCGACAGUGUGGUAAAAGCUGGGGUCCUGAUGACAUACUGGGAGAACUGGGACGCUCGCCCAACUACCACCCGCACCUUGUCGCCGGUAUACUCGCUUGCUUGCCAUAGUCAAGCACUAUGGCUCCUAUCCGGUACUGCAUCAGGUCCCAUUAGGUUACAGUCAAUCAGACACGACGAAGGCAGAGAGAUCACGUUGCUGCAGAAACACACGUCCGCUGUCUCAGUCCUGACACUCUCCUCGGAUGAAAAAAGUGUACUAUCCGGGAGUUGGGAUAAAACAGUCUUGGAUUGGGACUUAAACACGGGCCAGGUGCGGACCACAUUCGCCGCUAGUGCCAGCCAGAUAUCUUCCAUUGAAUCUCGUCCGCUGUCGUCGGUACCUGUCCCAGCCGAAUCAGGAGAGGUCAUUGUCGCUAAUGGCACAUUCUCCUCCAACGAUAGUAAACCCCUUGCCAACGGUGUCAAAAACGAGCCAGCCGGUGUUGAUACUCAAGAACAUCCCACAGUUGCGACUCCAGAUUCUCUGUUCGGGGAUGACGAUGAUGACCUCUUUGGAGGCGGGGCUGGUGGAGUCAUGGGUAAUGGUAGUGACCUCAGUGGUGCCUUCGGCGAAGAGGAUGAUGAAAUGGCGCGUGCAAUUGCAAAUGGUCCACAACCCGAAGAACUCGUUGACCAUCCAAUGUUGGACUCCGUGGAUCCAGCUGCUCAAGAAGUCCCAGCUCCUACCCAAGAGGACUCGAAUCUCUCAUCAACUGCACCAGAACCCACGCCGCAAGUCCCUAAUGGCGCCCUCGAUACCGCUGAGCAGCCGCUUAUCAAUGGCUUGCCACAUGCCGAAGAUCUCGAAAAGCAGGAUAAUAACCAGAAUGAUAACCAGGAUAGUGAGGUUCCGAAUACAUCUGACUCUACUUUCCUCGCGACAUCUAUUGAUGGAGCGAUCCGCGUCUGGGAUCGAAGACAACCCAAACCCGUUGCGCGUAUUCUGCCACGGAAUACACCUCCUUGGUGUCUGAGCGCGUGUUGGUCUCCUGACGGCAACUUCAUAUACGCAGGACGGCGCAACAACACUGUCGAGGAGUACGACCUACGGAAAGGGCUCAAAGGACCCGAACGAGUUUUUCGAUUUCCCAAUGGAAGUGGUGCCGUCACAUCAGUCAAGGCUAUGCCUAAUGGUCGCCACCUAAUAUGCGCUUCGUAUGAUAUAUUAAGAUUAUAUGAUCUCAAAGAGUCACAAUCCCAACGAUCAACCGUCCCGUUCUUGAUCGUGCCUGGUCAUCGAACUGGGGUCGUGUCACACCUGUACCUUGAUCCAGCUUGUCGAUUCAUGCUGUCUGCUGGAGGCAACCGGGGCUGGGAAGGGGCUUCGACCGAGGUCCUUCUGGGCUAUGAGAUAGCUCCUGGUCGAUGA